UCACUACUUCACCUUCCAUGGCACCUGCUUCUCUCACUUCCCCUUAGCCUUUUUCUACCCGAAUUCUGUUUCUCUCUUUUCUCCUUUUGGUUCGAUUUGUCUCUUUGCUUUCUUCGUUUUGUUUUAAAUAGAUUCUCUGAUUCUCAAAACUACAUCCCCUUUUUUCCUUCUUCAUCACAGAGCUUUGAUUCUGCUCUGCUCAACGAAUCCCCUGUUUUUUGAUGGAAAACGAUUGUGGAGUUGUGAAGAGGGAUGAAUUGAUGGAGCUACCUCCGGGAUUCCGAUUUCAUCCUACUGAUGAAGAGCUGAUCACUCAUUAUUUAUGCAGGAAGGUUAUUGACGGAAGCUUCUCCGCCAUAGCUAUCGGCGAGGUGGAUAUGAACAAGGUGGAGCCGUGGGAAUUGCCAUGGAGAGCGAAAUUGGGGGAAAAGGAGUGGUAUUUUUUCUGUGUUAGGGAUAAGAAGUAUCCGACGGGGCUGAGGACGAACAGAGCCACCGCCGCCGGCUACUGGAAAGCCACCGGCAAAGAUAAGGAGAUUUUCCGCGGGAAAAUCCUUGUUGGUAUGAAGAAAACCCUUGUCUUCUACCGGGGGAGAGCUCCCAAGGGAGAGAAGUCGAAUUGGGUUUGCCAUGAAUACAGAUUGGAAGGCAAAUUCUCUCAGGAUAAAGCAGCUAGGAACGAUUGGGUGAUCAGCAGGGUGUUUCAAAAGACCUCUGGAGGGAAAAAGGUCCAUAUCUCCGGCCUGAUGAGGAUGGGCUCCGCCGCCGCGCUUCCGCCGCUGAUGGAUCCCUCUCUCUUCAACAACAACGGCGGCGAGGAGCCGGAAUCCGGCCACGUGCACUGCUUCUCCAACACCGAUAUCGCUCAUGCUCCGAUGAUCAACGCCAAUUUCCCAAUCCCGCCGAUUCCGAUGGAUUCGUUCCUGGCUCCGGUCCAGUUUCCGGUGCAGGAUCCGGCAAUUCUCCGGCAGUUUCUAGCCGACUACGGCAACAACAUGAUGGGAUACGGAUUUAAAAGCAAGAAGGAGAUUGUUAGCAUGUCACAGGAAACUGUUUUGAGCACUGAGAACUCCUCCGGUGUCUCGAAUCUCGACACCGGAAAGAGGCCUUUUCAGGAGCAGGAUAAUGCUCAGGAUUUGGACUGCAUUUGGAGCUACUGAUUUUACAUGGGAAUUGGAUUAGAUUAUUACUACAGUAAGUGUAAUCAAUGAGUUCAUCAUCAUUUCAAGAUUGGUAAUUUUCUCUUCUAUUUAUUUUGUGAUCUGCCUUUUGUUGUAUGCACUUUUUAUGUAAAACUUGAACCUUAUUAUUACUCCUAUUAAUUAUUUAUGUUGUAGUUUA